AGAAUAUCAGCAGCCGGCAAACCCGUAGACAAACGUAGCAUCCAAAUAGUUCUCGAGGAUCGCUAAUUAGGAGAUAAAGCAGCGGCCAUGGAUAGGAACCGAGAACACAGCAAAAGCCAUCCGAGCAAAAAAAUCAAGAUGCCAAGAAAAAGUUUUAGACUUUGUCAACGUAAUGAGUAUGGUACUUUCUCUUUUGGUGACCGCUGUCUUAUGCUCAAGACCACAUCAUUGUACCGUGAAAAAUACAACCGCACGUCUCUUGGAUUAGCACUUGACAACUACAAUGAACUCAUGAGGAGAGGCAUGCUCACAUGGGAAGCUUACACGAAACACCACCUCGCCAUCAACAGCUCAUUGCAAAUUAUUAGGAAUAGCAUCCAAAAAUACAAAGAACGUCGCUUGCAGGCGGGGAUGUUUUACUUGGUGCCGUAUACAGAAGGAGAAGGGCUGGAAACCCGUACACACUUGUACCACAUGCCUCUCAAGGAAGCGCUAAGGAAACGACGGCAGGAAAUGAAAAGGAGGAAACAACUAUUGGAUGCAUCCGACAAUUCCAAGGAAUAUUCGAACAUCCUAGACUCCAUGCUGAGACCGUCUGUGAAAAUGUUGGUCAUGUAUACCUUAUCUUCCAUUGUAUUAGGAUGUGUGAUACUGUGUUUUUGAAAGGUCAUAUCAACAGUGUGCAGUAUAGCUUGUUUGGUACGGUUUAUUUCCUCGUUGAGAGAUUUUCUCUUAAUGUUAAUGU